AUGGAUGAGAUCAAUGCAUUAUUAGAGGAAACAAAUCUCGCUUCUUUAAGAGACAAUGGCUUAAUUAUAGUGUCGAUUGUCGGAAAUGGGGACUUUCGACCAUACUCUGUUCAUGGCAGCGGCACAAUGACAAACACCACAGUAGUAUUAGCCAAUCGCAUGGUUGGCCAGGAGGUGUUUGUACCAAGAAAUAAGCCACUUAAGGAUGGCACAAUCGAGGUUGUGAAAGCGUGCCAGCUAUUCGUGGAUAAAAAAGCAAAGAUUGCCUACCUGUACCUUGAUUCUGUUGUCACAACUGAAACCAUGGCAGAGAUGGCCCAAAAUUCGGAUACAAAGAAUAUGCAAGAUCAACUAAAGGACGAAAAAUUGACGACUAUGAAAGGCCUAUUGAUCAUGUUACUCAUGUCGCACUUGGUGAUUUCUAUCCUACCCCCAUCUGUAUUACCUGCCGAGUUCUUAUCAACAUUGUCAGCACUAAGUCAAGUCAAGCAAGGAAUCUACACACAUCUUUCUCAGCUUCAAUCAGCCUGCUGGAAAUGCUGGGAUAUCAAUGUACCUAAUGCUCUCUUUGAAAGAAAGGAAGGGGAGUACAGAAGAGAACGUGAGCGUUUUUAUCCCAAUUUGAUGGGCUGGUGGGGGCCUGCAAAAGGUGUCCCUAUGAUGGUGUUUGUUGCAGCAGAGGCAGCUAUUCCAAACCUAGAUACAACCCCCCGUGCUGGACUUCCAAUGGCUAUCAAACGCCAUCAAGAAACGUUACAGGUUAAGUUGAAGACUAUAUUUCGAGCCAUGCAUUUGAUACCCGCUGCUCCUGAAAACAAUAACUCACAUCCUCCUGUAGAAGUAAGAUCCCUAUUUGCACUUCCAGCCACUCAGUCGUUUAUACAUAUUGUUCCUGCUAUACCUUCACCUGCGAAAGUUCCUGAAUCUGAUGAUUUCUCAUUUGAUCGACCAAUGGAUUUAUCCGAAUGGUUGGAGAAGUCAGCUGUUAUAAGCGAGGAAAAGAUUCAAGAAAAGAGCAAGGAUAACAAAAAUAUUCAGUCUAGUCAAUCGAUGCUUGAAGAAUGUGGUGAUAGAUUAUUACGCAACUUUGUCUCUCAUUGGGUCAAAGCAUCAACCACACGGCACCCAAUGCACGCCCAGACUAACCACAACAGCAGUAGAAAAGGCCAUGAUAGCAAAUCUAACCAUGUCCCUCUCCCUACUGCUUUGCAAUUUGUUUCUGCUCUUAUGCCCUUACGCACACUGACUUACAACCUUCCCCCAGGACCAGAUGGGCAGGAUUUCAAAAAAGCAGUCAUUGCACAGUCUCCGGGAGCAAAAGGAAUGAUCCAGCAAAUCGAGGUUAUUUUGCGAAAGAAGACACGGGAUGUAGUAGACAUUGAAACCUUGUUUUCAAAGAGGCGUGUGCUUGCCCAAUGGAAGUAA